AUGGCUUCGGCCGUGGGAGCUAUAACAGCCGAGAGGGAGCAAGUGGGCUACUACAUUGUGACCUUCGGAGCAAAGAUCGCCUACUGUGCGACCUUUGUGUUCAUCCGGGCCGAUGAGUACCACAAGACCUUAACUGACGUCCUUCGAAAAGUUUCGGUCUCCAACGUGGGGAUGAUCAGUAUCUUGCGUGGCAACUUCGACAUCAUCCUUCCCUGUGUCAUGGAUUCGGCGGGGCGCUGCAGGCUGCCUCAGAGCUACUCCGGGGACAUGUUAAAGCUGGAGAAGAUGCUUGGUAACUCCGUCGCCGGCCGAAACUUGGCGGAUCUCCUCCAUGAGCAAAGCGACAAAGUGGAGUUCACGCAGUAUCUGCGUAACGUGGUGAGGCAGGCAGACUGCCCGCAGGCUUUCAGCGAGGCGACCUUGACGACCUCUGGGCUUUGGAGCUGUGGGGCAGGUGUGAUGCCUCCCAUUGCGCAGGUUCUUCACAGCAAGAUGACGGGAGCAUCCCAGGUACGACUCAACGCUAUCCUUCACCUCUCAGUGGUGCCGCGCUCUGCCGUGAGCCAUGGAAAGGAACGACACCUUGUAGCUGCAAUUCAACUCACGGAGGCGGCGGAGGAGGAGACAUCGAAGGAGUUGGAGCUGGGCUUCGAGAGUUUCAAGGCUUCGGAACGACAGACUUCCGCCACCUCCACCACCUUCACCGAUGCUCAGAGUGGAAUCGUGGCAAACUUGGCGGACCUCAACAAGCUAGGAGCCUCUGCGCUCCUGGGCUCCUCGGAGGAGGGCACUGAGGAGGGGGAGGGCAGUUGGGAAGGCUCCCAGAGCUGUAACUUCUCCCACUUCGGCGCCUUCCCUCAAGGCCUGGAUGAGACCUCUGCCUUCGACGCCCGGAUCUGUGGGCUCUGGGAAGGCACCACCAGCGAAGAGUUGGGGUCUUACACGCAGAAGGUUGAGUUCAGCCACGAUUGCAAGCAUGCUAAGAUCUCGGUCAUGGAUCACACCUUGGAUGCGCGCUUCCGCAUGAACUGCUCGGUGGAACCCAUGCAGCUGGACAUCCAGGUGAUCCCAUCAGGGGCGGAUGAGUCGCCACCGCCGAUCCCCUACAUUUUCAAGUUCAAUCCCGACGGCUCGCUCUGCUUGUGCGGCCCAUCGGACAGUCGCUUACGCCGUCCGACAGGAUUCAAAGGCCCUGGCCUGUGCAUCAUGCAGCGCGCCAAGCCUGAGAUGACAAGGAUGCUAGAAUCAGAACCAGCGCAUGCACCGCCGCUCCCGAAGAAAAUUCACAGCUCGCCGCCUGAGCCUGAGCCAGAGUUUAUGAGGAACUUCACCGAAGAGGCCCAACAAGAGCAACUCCGUAUCCAGGAAGCUGCUGCAGCGCAAUGGAGGGAUCCAGCCCUUGCAGCAUCCGUUGCCUUGGCCAUCACCAGCACCAUCAUUGCUGUGCGGAAGUCAAUUUGA